GUUCGUUCAGAGACCAUUUCUGUGCCACAACAAAUAAAGUCUCUGAAGCUGUGGGAAGAGAUUGAAAGUCGACAUCCUAGGUUAGCUGACAUCCUAAAGCAGGACCAUGACUUGCUGUGUUAGCUGAUGUAAGAGAUCAAGUGAUAUUUGCUGUUCGUCAGGAAUAUGUCCAGCUUGGAGAUCAACUCCUGUUCCUACAGCCAGGUGAUGAGAUUGCAGUCAUUCCCCCCAUUAGCGGAGGAUAAUAACUCUGGGCUGUUGGGGGAAUCUAUGAGUGCAAUUGAAGACAAACCUAAAGAUGUAAUCAAAAUUACUGCUGAGAAGCUCUCAGUAGAUGAAGUCUCACAGUUGGUGGUUUCUCCUGUCUGUGGAGCUGUGUCUCUGUUUGUGGGGACUACAAGAAAUAACUUUGAAGGGAAAAAAGUUGUUAGCUUAGAAUAUGAAGCAUAUGUGCCAAUGGCAGAAGCUGAAGUCAGAAAAAUAUGUGUUGCUGUUAGACAGCAGUGGCCAGUCAAGCAUAUAGCUGUGUGCCAUCGGCUUGGCAUAGUUCCAGUAACAGAAGCAAGUGUGGUCAUUGCUGUGUCUUCAGCACACAGGGCUGCAUCCCUUGAAGCUGUAAAGUAUAUUAUUGAUACAUUAAAAGCCAAAGUUCCAAUUUGGAAAAAGGAGCUAUAUGAAGAAGAAACAUCAUCGUGGAAAAGAAACAAAGAAUGCUUUUGGACAAAAAAGGACUAAUUUGUACUUUAUUUCUGAGCCUUUUUGAUCUUUCUGAGGCACUAUGGUAAAGUGGACAUAGCUGGACUUCAUGUCUAACUCUUAUUAGGUGUUUUGACUGUUGCAAAGUCAUAAUAACCUCUCAGAACCUCACUUUUCUUUUAAGCCGGUAUGAUAUUACCUAACUUACAGGGUUGUGAGCAGGGAAAUGUUUGGUAAACUUUAAAAUGCUAUAUAAAUUUAAAUUUAAUUUAAUUCAGCAAUCUCAUGAUAUUUGGCCAAAGGCAGGUGCUCUUAUAGCAUUGCAAUGAAGCAGCAAGGAAAAAGACUAGGGGGGGAUUUAGGAAUAAGAGAGGUUGGAAGGCAUAAUGACAUGAUUUAUAUUUAGGGAGGGAUAAGAGAAGUAAGCAUGUUCUACUACCAAGCUAAUUUUGUGUCUGCUUACAGAUGUGUGCUCCUCCUUCCUUCUUAUUUAUACUUCCUCCUAGAAAAUCAGUAUUGACAUAGGAAUUGGUAAAGUUGAAAUAGGUGCCCCGGUAUAAUUAUUUUCUACUUUAUUGAUUUGGCAUAUGAAACCAAGGAGCAAAGAAAUUUAAAGUUGAAAUAAAUAUUUCAGUCAAUCUUGAGAGUUCAAUGGCCUUUGUGCUUUUAAUACUUAACUAAUCACAUAACUCUAGAAAACAUAUAUGUAAUAAAAAUACAUAUCCAUCCUGGGGCAUGAAAGGUCAAAUAAUUUUUUUAGUGAAUGUAAUAUAGUAAUGUGUUAUGUAUGUUCAGAAGCUUUGAAGUUCUUUCUUACCGCAGAUCAAUUCAAGUACAUUUUUCUUGAUUCAUUCUCAAUUCUAUAUGAAUUUUAAAGCCAGUAAAUUAGUUAUAUAAUUAAAAAAAUAUAUUCAUUAACUAUCACUUGUGUUGAUGUCUGUCAUUCAACAUUGGGCCCAUUUAAGACUUGUAUGGACUGAUUAAGAACUAGAAAUGAGGAGAACUAGAUAAUGAUUUAUGAU